AUGAGUACUGCUCCCGAUCAAGAGCAGCAACCUCGCGCAACAAACAAAAGUUCCUUGGACAAAGCCGUGAUUCGACUUUCAUCACGACGUACUCUCUUUCAAAUAAUUUCUACAAUUCCUACUUUCGCAGUCGAACUAACUUAUGGUAUAAAGUAUUUAAAUCAAUGUCCUAUUCAACCAUUAAUUAAUGUUUUCUUGAUUGUACAUGCAUGUGCAAGUUUGGCAGAGGGAAUUGUUCUUUUCAUAGGCUUUAUUGCUGCUAAGCACAUUAAAAAAUCGCUCAAUACUUCAUCAUUUACUCGAAUUUUGGUCGCUGGUAGUUCGAUUGGACAGCUUUUUCUAUUAUUUUUUUCUAUUGUAUGGUUAAUAGUCGGUCAAGUCUGGGUAUUCGGAGCUUUUUCGAAUGGAUUUCAAUCCACGGAUUCUACUCAAUCUUCUACUUACUGUCAUCAAACUGUAUUUUGGACUGGAUUUGCUAUUAUUGUCGUUACAUACGCUAUUUGCUUAAUCCUUAUUUUAGUGUUGGGUGGACGCUUUCUUAUAAAGCGUCACAAAAUGAAACGACAAACAGUUGUUCCAAAUAAUCAAUAA